CCCGGAAGGACAACUGCGCGCUGGGAAGAUGGCGGCGGCGGGAACGGCGGCGGCCCCGGUGUGCGUGCUGGUGCUGGGCAUGGCCGGCUCCGGAAAGACCACCUUCGUGCAGCGCCUGGCUGCCCACCUGCACGGACAGCGCUGCCCUCCGUACGUGAUCAACCUGGACCCUGCCGUGCACAGCCUGCCCUUCCCCGCCAACAUCGAUAUCAGGGACACUGUGAAGUACAAAGAAGUCAUGAAACAAUACGGGCUGGGCCCAAAUGGAGGAAUAGUGACCUCUCUCAAUCUGUUUGCUACGAGAUUUGACCAGGUGAUGAAGUUUAUUGAAAAAAGACAAAAUGCAUCCAAGUAUGUUAUUAUUGACACACCAGGGCAAAUCGAGGUAUUUACUUGGUCAGCAUCGGGAACCAUCAUAACUGAGGCCUUGGCUUCCUCUUUCCCUUCGGUUGUUGUCUAUGUGAUGGACACCUCUCGCAGUACUAAUCCUAUAACUUUUAUGUCCAACAUGCUGUAUGCCUGCAGUAUCCUGUACAAGACAAAGCUACCUUUCAUCGUAGUUAUGAACAAAACUGACAUAAUCGACCACAGUUUUGCAGUGGAAUGGAUGCAGGACUUUGAGACUUUUCAGGAUGCCCUGAAUCAAGAGACCUCCUAUGUCAGUAACCUGACUCGUUCUAUGAGUUUAGUAUUGGAUGAAUUUUACAGUUCGCUGAAGGUGGUUGGUGUUUCUGCAGUGCUUGGCACAGGACUGGAUGAGUUUUUUACCCAGCUUUCUAAAGCUGUAGAUGAAUAUGAGAGAGAGUAUCGUCCAGAAUACGAGCGCCUGAGAAAAACACUAGAGGAAGCUCAAGAGAAACAAAAGAAAGAGCAGCUGGAACACUUGUGGAAGGACAUGGGCAGUGUGUGUGUGCAGGGCAGCACACUGGCAGGAACUGAUGAUGCUUCUGCAAUGGGUCCCUCUGAGCUAAUCCUAACACGAGGAAGUCUCAAUGAAGAGGAAGAAGAGAGGGAGAGUGAUACAGAUGACAUUGACCACGAAGUGACCGAGGAGAGUCAUGAAGAACCAGCCUUCAGAAAUUUCAUGCAGGACAUGCGAAUGAAAUGCCAGAGAAAAAGCAACCUGAAUGAAUGAGACCUUCACAAACAGAAGGUUUGGAAGGAACAGCAUAAAGAAACAUGCGUGAAGAUUUUUAUUUGUGAACUGCUUCCUGUGAAAGAUUUUUAUUUCUCUUUCUGCAGUAACUGUUGGUCGUGUGAGUUAAAGAUCCUGUAGCCAACUGACUGCACAUCUUGCCAUCUGCCAUUGUGGCUUCCUGAAGCUGAAAGAAUCAGCUUUGCUCCAGAUUCUUCAGAUCUAUCUGUUGAGAGCUUGAAUUUUGAGCUCUGACAGAAUUAGUAUCUACAGCACUAACUGGUCCCGUGUUCCAUUUGCACGUGCUGUCAGGUGUCUGCUGCAGCCUGGGCACAAGGGAUGCUGUGGUGAACUUUAUCAAUCUACUCAUUGUUUGAUGGUUUGAUUUUUCAUUAAAUAUAUUUUAUGUACUAACAAAUGUGUGAUAAUAAUAGAAGAGAUUUCAUUUUA